ACUGUCGGUUGCUGUGGCAACAUCGUGGUUCGUGAACGUUCGGGCACAAAACCCGGGGGCUUCGAUUGUUUGUGUGUGCAAACGUUAGCGCAAACCCCGUCGGAUGGGGGCUCCUGGUGCGGCUAAAGGAGCCGCAUUUUUAUUAUGUGUUGAGCGUUCGUGGAAUAUGGAGCGCCAUUGCCAACGGUGCGUCCGUGCGUGCGAGUGAGAAGCGAGUGUGUGUGUGUGUGUGGAAAAGAGAAAGAGAACACGCGGUGAGAGAGAGAGAGAGAGAAAGGGAACGAGAGAGAUGAGAAUUAAAAGCAUCCUUUGCUACGAGAAAGGAUUGAAUUGCAGGUGCUGAUGAGGGUUAUAAUGUUCCAACGUAACUCCUCGCACAGCUGGCAAAUAUUGGCUGUGUCCUCGUUUGUUGUCCGCGACUAACUGCCGAUUUGUCUGCGUGUUUGUGUGCGUGUGUGUGUUUUUUCUAUCGUUGUUGUUACCACUAGAAGCCCUGUAUCGGCGAAUGGGAAAGACCGUAUCAUAUGCCAUAAAGACGCGUGAAUGGUCGCGCUUCGUUGCGUGCCCCGUUGUGUGAAAAUGUAAUGUUUAAAGUGGAUUUAUAGACACUGUGGUGUGUGGUGAACCUGUACAGCCCGAUAUAUCCAGCGUUGUAUUCGGGGUCGAAUCCCUGCGGAACGUUUGCAUAAUGAGGUUCGUGUGUUUAGCGUGUAGUGCUUCGGGUGUGUAGUAAAGUUUUGGACGCAACCGCUUAACGGCACCACCAUACAUGACGCUUCCACGUACGUUACCAUGUGAAUUGUGUGAUAGCAGUAAACUGCUAGUGAUACCGGUGACAGGCAGCUAGCGACGCUGCAAGUGACAGUAGAACGGUGGCUCGCACUACCUAUGGCAUCAGCGACGACACUCGUAAUGGCGUUGCCUACACAAAAGCCCCGUAUCGGCUUCAGCAUCGAGUCGAUUGUGGGCAGCGAAAAACGGAUGCCCCAAAGCUCGCCAGCACACCUUUCGCCCAACAGUGAAUCGUCCGACCGGCCGACGAGUCCCGUCAGCGACGGUAGUCACUUCCCGUCCGAUGUGGCUCCGCUGCUGUUGCGAGGCUUUCCGCCAGGCUUUCAACCAUUACCUCAUCAACGGGCCUAUCUGCUGCAGCGACAGCAGGAACAGCAACAGCAGGCCCGAGAGUACCUCGCGCUAGGGCAUCGAAUAUCGCGAGGAUCCGCUGGGACGCCUCCCGCACCCGAACCGAACGGACGGCUACCGGACUCUCCACACAGUCCCGGAGAGGGACCCCAGCAACGACCCUCCUCCAUACGGAUGAUAGAUUUGAGUAGUAAUUCUAGUCGUAGUUCACCGCCGCCUAACACGAGACUUUCCCCAGACCUGGAGCCAAGCAUUCGGAACCACCAGCAACGAUCGCCCAGAAGUUCCCCCGGACCAGGUCCUCCGGGAGGUCCUCCCGUAGGUCCAAACAAAGGCCACCCAAUAAUGGUACCGGGCAUACCGGCCAGCUUGGUGCGUCCCUUUCCAAUGGGUCCGAACGGUGAUCUGAAAGGGCUGCCUUCGUUUAUGGGUGGAAACAGUGCAACGGAGCUGGCCGUACAGGCAGCCCACAACCAGCACCUUCUAGCGGCCCAAUUCCAGGCAGCGCUAGCACACGUGCAGGCCACGCACGGCCAGGGUGGCUUUCCCGGUGGCCAUCCAGCACAUCUCCACAAUCAUCCGGCCAACAUGCCGCGCGAAAGUUACCCGCUCUAUCCGUGGCUGUUAAGUCGGCACGGGAGAAACGUGUUUCCACCAAGGUUUCCUGGAGGCUAUUUGCUACCAUUUCGCAAACCAAAGCGAGUCCGGACGGCGUUUUCACCGUCGCAGCUGCUGAAGCUGGAGCACGCCUUCGAGAACAAUCACUACGUGGUCGGUGCGGAACGGAAAUCGUUGGCGCAGACUCUCAGUCUUACGGAAACUCAGGUCAAAGUAUGGUUCCAGAACCGGCGCACCAAACACAAAAGGAUGCAGCAGGAAGAAGACGCCAAAUCGGGUGGAAAUGGAGAGGAUGGACGGGGGCGGCAUAGUCCGGGCAGUCCGGGCGCUCACUACGAGGAGGACGAUGAGGACGAGCUUAUCGAUAUGGAGAUGGACGAUGAGUGUGCGAGCGAGGAAGACGAACGGGAGCACGGUUGACGCUUAUCGGUAUAGCAGCGCCCUCUGCUGGCGGGAAUGGAAAUGAUAAGAAAUGGAAGGAUUCACUAUCGGCAAGUGUAAGAUCAAGUCGCAAUAGUGGCUUGAUGAUAUCACAAGGAGUUCUUUAAAGUCGCAAGGCGACCAGGUGACGCUAAAAUAGCUAUUCUAGACGUACGAUAAGAUUUUGUGAUAUCAUCUGAGCAUCCCUAUCCCGGUGGACUUAUGCUCGAAGCGAAUGGUGUCAAGUUGUAAUAAAAGUUCCUCACAGCUGUAUUGUCGUUUGUUUAACGUAUCGGUCACGAAUACAAUAAGACCCGAGCUCAUGAGCAGUAGUUAGUGUCAAAAUGAUGUGCCAAAUUCAGAAUUGUAGUGAGCGGGUUAGGGCACGUCGUUGAACAUCACUGAUGAUCCUGAGAACACGUAGACAGACAGAUAGAUAGAUACGUAAAGCAAAUGAAGUAUUAUUUAUGAGUUGUAGAUUUCAUUACCGUUGUGCAGGUUUAGUUGUUUUCUUAGGAAGAAUUGAAAAUAUUUUCUCAAAACUCGCGUUGUGUUCAUCCAGUGAAACAAAUUUUAUUUAAGCAUUUUUGUACAUACUGUAACAUAGAUAAAAUAAAU